UAUUGUUCUCUUCCUUCUUUUUCAACGUUACUACUUUAUUACAACUAUUUCUUUUGAGAAAUGCGAACAUUUUCCAUUUCUUUCUUGAUUGGAGUUACUUUGGUAGCUCUUUCCUCCGCCGUGAAAUUCGAUCUUCAUGCUGCUCUUCUUGCGGACCGUGCCACUGCUGAACGAUGCUUUUCUCAAUAUGUACCCAAGGACACCAAGGUCUUGGUUACUGUCUCUGUAGGUCCAGGUUACAACCAACGUGUGGAUUGUAAUAUUUUUGAAGAUGGAGAACAACCCAAUAUAUUUGCAAAGAAACAAGAUAUCAAGAAUGACUAUACGAAUGCAUUUGAUACCUUACAGGAUGGUGAAAUUAAUAUUUGUUUUUCAAAUAUUCUCGAUGAUGGUUUCCUUCCUUCUCCUGAUUAUUCUCGUGAAAUAGAUCUUGAAGUUAAUGUUGGUACGGAAGCAAAAACCAUUGAAGAAAUCACCAAGAACAAACAUUUGCCAAACCUGGAAGAACAGACUCAAGUGUUGGAAGCCAUGGUCGAUGAUAUCUUGAAGGAAAUGAACUAUUUGAAAGGACGUGAAGCAAAGUUGCGAAAUACCAACGAAUCGACCAAUGAUCGUGUUAAAUGGUUUAGUUUAUUAUCUUUAUUUACAUUGAUUAGUUUAGGCAUUUGGCAAAUUUUAUACCUUCGCUCAUUCUUCCGUAGAAAGAGACUUAUUGAUUGAUUGAUUUUUUCUUUUUUAAACAAAUAAAAAUUCUGUGUAUGAAUGUAAGGAUAAUGAUGUUCUUAUAUAUGUAGCUUGACAACUAUAA